CAGGCUUCUGUUUCCAGCACCACUGCACCACUUCACGGUCUGCAAAACGUAUUAAAAUUAAUCGGAUCAACUGAUGUUUAGGGUCUCCGAAGGUAUUUAAAAUUAUACAUUUUUGAAAAAUAUAGUUUCUAAUGGUGGCUGUGGGCACUUCGCUGCUACUUGUUUGGAAUAUACGCCUACCCGCCGCCGUUUUCGGGACGUUAUGAUUAUGGAAACCUGCUAUUUGAGUCACGUAGUCCUAACCCGUCUUUCUCUGUUGGUCCUCUUGGUCGUUCUGAGACCCCUCAAUGCGUGGAUUUACUCCUCCAGCAGCAACGAUAUGGAUAGGGCACUGGUAACGGGAGUAUACUUCUCUCCCCGGGUUACUAACUCGGAAGAAAUAACUGCCAUAACUGCCUUACCAAAAUACUUGUUUACUACUCCGGCAACUUCUACGGACUUUAGGGAGGUAUCAUCACCAUCACCUGGAACAGAACUCCACCACAGAGUCAGGCAUUCCGAGGAGAGUGAGACACGGGCGUUGAGUGAAGACAAAUUAGCCACUGAACAAAACAUACGUCUCUCCUCGGGCUCAACCAGUUGGACAUCAGAAGGAACCCUUGGUUUGUCGACGGAGCAGAGGAGCUCUACCAUUGUAGUGUCUACAGAGGCUACCACACAGUGGGAGGACAAGACCAGACUAACACCAGACCACCUACCAGAGGCCUACUCUGGGCUCCCAGCACAGCUCAGGGCUUUGACUGAAACAAAACGCUCAGUAGAACUUAAGUCUGUGUCUGGUACGGAAGCCAGACCACCUCAGGACAGCCCUGAUGCUGACAGCAGUCUCAGAGGGGACCAGUCCACAAACCGAGGUACUGUGGAUCUCAGAGAAGACCAAUCCACAACCCAAGGCACAGUGGGUCUCAGCGAGAACCAGUCCACGAACCAAGGCAUUGAGGGCCUCAGAGAGGACCAGUCCACAAACCGGGGCACCUUGGGACUCAGCGAGGACCAGUCCACAAACCAAGGCACUGUGGGCCUCAGAGGGGACCAGGCCACAAACCAAGCUACCAUGGGGCUCAGAGAGAACCAGUCCAAUAUCCGAGGCACCAUGGGUCUCAGUGAGGACCAGUCCACAAACCGGGGCACCUUGGGACUCAGCGAGGACCAGUCCAAUAUCCGAGGCACCAUGGGUCUCAGUGAGGACCAGUCCACAAACCGGGGCACCUUGGGACUCAGCGAGGACCAGUCCAAUAUCCGAGGCACCAUGAGUCUCAGUGAGGACCAGUCCACAAACCAAGGCACUGUGGGCCUCAGAGGGGACCAGUCCACAAACCAAGCUACUGUGGGGCUCAGAGAGAACCAGUCCAAUAUCCGAGGCACCAUGGGUCUCAGUGAGGACCAGUCCACAAACCAAGGCACUGAGGGCCUCAGAGAGGACCAGUCCACAAACCGAGGUACUGUGGGUCUCAGAGAGGACCAGUCCACAAACCGAGGCACCGUGGGUCUCAGAGAGGACCAGUCCACAAACCAAGGCACUGAGGGCCUCAGAGAGUACCAGUCCACAAACCGAGGCACCGUGGGUCUUAGCGAGGACCAGCCCACAACCCGAGGCACCAUGGAUCUCAGAGAGGACCAGUCCACAAACCGAGGUACUGUGGAUCUCAGAGAGGACCAAUCCACAACCCAAAGCACCAUGGGUCUCAGCGUGGACCAGUCCACAAACCAAGGCACUGUGGGCCUCAGAGAGGAACAGUCCACAAACCGAGGCACCGUGGGUCGCAGCGAGGACCAGUCCACAAUCCGUGGCACCAUGGGUCUCAGAGAGUACCACUCCACAAACCAAGGCACCGUGGGUCUCGGCCAAGGACAGUCAACAGAUACUCUCAGGCAGGAACAGUGGACCGACCUAGGAACCAUGGCUCUCCCCAUCCCUGUCCACACCGACCGCACCUACAUCUCCUCCACUAUGAGUCGAGCGGGAGAGAGGACCUUACUGUCUGUGAGCUCCAACAGCACCUCCAUGUACCCUAAGGACUCCACCUUGGGCCUCCCGACCAGCCGCACCGGUGCCGGGGCUGGGGAUGUCACCGACAGGAUACCCUCCACUGGACCUGACCAUGGGCAUGACGCUACGUCUGGGUCUGACUCUCACCCCCACUCCAACACCAACUCUUCACAAGAGAUGCCUGGUGGUUUGUCCUCCAAAGGGACCAACCCGCUGACUGAACCCCCCAAUGUGACCCAACAGCAGGACCUAACCUCUCUGAUUUCGGAGGGAACCCCCUCCUCCACCCCCCCUCUCAGCGUGGCUGAUAACCACAGCAGACAGGACACAGACACAACAGACUCCAGUCAGCCUUCCAGAGGCAGGACGUCCCAGACAGAAGAUGGGGUCCCUGAUUCUUCACAGCCCCCCUUCCUGUUUUCAGAAGGACCCAGUCAUCCCAGCACCAACACCUCUCAGGGAGGAGAUAGAGAUACUCCCUCCAUCAUGGUCACCGGGUCUGGCACUUCCACAGAGUCCUCCACAGGUGCCCUCAGCACCCAGGGGGGCCAGGGUGGGACAGAAGGAGUCACAUCACUCCACACAGAGGACACACCUACCAUCAUAGGUCUGGCUCUAACUACUGCUCACCCGACGCUACGAGAAAGUGCCACCGCCCUGGAAGACUCCCUGUCCCGGUUCAUCUCAAGCCAGCCUCCCUUUGUCCCCAAGACAGAGCAGCCAUCGCCGGAGGUGACCACAGAGGUCCUGAUGUCCACCACAUCCGUUACCAUUACGAUGACGUCACAGGUCACUGAGGAGGAGACCUACAGAUUUACUACGGCAACCAGCACCACACUGACACCCCCUCUGGUUACGACAAGGAUGGUUCAGCUUAGCACCACCUCCGUUGAAGCCCAGACUCAACCCACCACCAUCCCUACCACCAUUACCACUGAGACCACUCUGGGUCUCCAGACCUCGGCUUCAACCCCCCUGCGCCCAGCUACACUUCAGACCCAGACCCAGGAGCCCUCAACAGGGGUGAGCUUCACCGACGUCACCAGCUUCACCAAUGUAACCACCUUGCCCCUGGAGACCAGCACGGCCACACCGGGGAACACCACGCCCCACAGCGGCCAGGACAUCACCACCAACACUACUACAGCCUCCUCUUCCUACAGCCAAAGCACCACCACCAGGAGCACAGUGGAACUGCACACUACAGGGAAACACACUGACAGGGGGACCACUGAGGUAGAAGUGACCGCAGCUCCAAUGGACAUCAGAUCUACAUCUCAGACACCAGGUAGUGCCUGUGAAUCCAACCCCUGUCUGAACGGAGGUGAGUGUGGAGAGACCUAUGGAGGGAGGGAAUUCACCUGUUACUGUCUGUCAGCAUGGACAGGACCUAGCUGCAAUGAGGAUGUGGAUGAGUGUGAGAUUGGCCCCGGCCCCUCGGGCCCAUGUCCCAGUGACUCUACGUGUGUUAACACCAGGGGCUCCUUCAGCUGCGAGUGUCCCCUGGGCCUUGACAUUGAGAACGGACGAGACUGCACGCGAGCAAAAACCUUCUUGGGGACGUUCAGUGUCAACAACUCUCACUAUGACCCACUGCUCUCCAGGAGCGCCACACUGCAUGAGAUCCAGAGAGAGAUCAACCAGCUGCUCAAUGCCUCAUUAUCAAUUCUGCAUGGUUACCGGCGCUCUACUUUGAGUAAAAAAGGGGAAGACGGAGUUCAUAUCUCUGCUGUCAACAUGUUCUCCCUCUCUGCUGACGUGACCAGCUCUGAGGUCUACGACAGCAUACAGAUGUCUCUGAACAACUGUAACAGCACUGCUGGACACUGCAGAGUGGUGGUCACUCACCAGCUCUCCUAUCAAGUUGAGAGUCUGUGUCUGGCCCAGAACACCCAGUGUCACCAAGAGCGUUCCUUCUGUGUCGACUCCAAUGGGACUGCCUACUGCCAGUGUCAACCAGGGUACUUCAAACUCAACCCUGAGGACCAGUCCUGCCUAGAAUGCGGUGAUGGUCUGAAAUGGGUCAAUGGAACCUGUAUCAGGUGCACAUUUGGAUUUGGAGGAUUCAACUGUGGAAAUUUCUACAAGCUGAUAGCUGUGGUGGUAUCGCCAGUAGGGGGUGCCCUACUCCUUGUUCUCAUCAUCGCUCUCAUUGUCACCUGCUGCAAGAAAGACAAGAAUGACAUCAACAAGAUCAUUUUCAAAAGUGGCGAUUAUCAAAUGUCGCCGUAUGCAGAGUUCCCAAAGAGUAACCGUGUUUCUAUGGAGUGGGGGAGAGAGGCCAUCGAGAUGCAGGAGAACGGUAGCACCAAGAACCUGCUACAAAUGACAGACAUCUACUACUCUCCUGCGUUACGUAACUCUGACCUAGAGCGUAACGGCCUCUACCCGUUCUCUGGCCUGCCAGGCUCCCGUCACUCCUGUAUCUAUCCCGCCCAAUGGAACCCUUCGUUCAUUAACGACGACUCACGACGUCGGGACUACUUCUGACGCCCAGCUACCCCGCCUCUGGUCCUGCCUAGCCAGCCAACCCCACCUCUGGCCGUGUCUUGCCAGCCAACUCCGCCUCAGGCCCUGCUUUGCCAGCCAACUCCACCUCUGGCCCUGCCAAGCCAGCCAACUCCGCCUCUGGCCCUGCCUAGCCAGCCAAAUUUGCAUCUGGCCCUGCCUCACCAGCCAACCCCACCUCUGACCCUGCCUAGCCAGCCAACUCCACCUCUGGCCCUGCCUCACCAGCCAACCCCACCUCUGGCCCUGCCUACCCAGCCAACCCCACCUCUGGCCCUGCCUCACCAGCCAACCCCACCUCUGGCCCUGCCUACCCAGCCAACUCCACCUCUGGCCCUGCCUACCCAGCCAACUCCACCUCUGGCCCUGCCUACCCAGCCAACUCCACCUCUGGCCCUGCCUACCCAGCCAACCCCACCUCUGGCCCUGCCUAGCCAGCCAACUCCACCUCUGGCCCUGCCUACCCAGCCAACUCCACCUCUGGCCCUGCCUACCCAGCCAACUCCACCUCUGGCCCUGCCUACCCAGCCAACUCCACCUCUGGCCCUGCCUACCCAGCCAACUCCACCUCUGGCCCUGCCUACCCAGCCAACUCCACCUCUGGCCCUGCCUACCCAGCCAACUCCACCUCUGGCCCUGCCUCACCAGCCAACUCCGCCUCUUGCCCUGCC